UCACUGUUACUUCCUGGUUGAUGGUGCUGCUCGGUAUCUGACUUUUAGACUUGCACGUACAUGAGAUUUACUUCCUGGUGAAAGAGUGAAGACGCUCAACAACAACUGAAAGAGGGGAAGGUAUUAAUGCCAAUAUAAUUGCACCAGGCAUGGAGGAGAAGGAACUAAGGGAUGUUCUGGAGCAAGCUUUGAUUAACCAGCCAGAACAUGUGACUUUGGACCUUCUUGAUCAAAUGCUAGAAGUGCCUUUGAGAGAACGAUACAGAAGACUGGAUGUAAAGGACUUGCUCCGAGGAGGAACACCGGAUCCAUCCUUGAGACCUGUGAUAACUGCACUUAAUAUCUUGGAAAAGUAUGGAAGGAACCUUCUCUCACCACUUCGUCCCAAAUUUUGGAGAAGCGUGAAAUUUAAUAACCCAGUAUUUAAGGCAACAGUGGAUGCUAUAGAGGUGAUGCUGUUUGUUCACUCAGCUGUGGGGCAUUCCAGACAUGGAUCUGAUGGCCUCUCUUUCCCAGAGUCUGUUCAGGAGCCUGAUCUCUCAACUGUUGCAGCCAGUGACCCGCUGAUUGUCAUUAUCCUGCACCGUGAACAAAACUUGCUUAUCUCGAACUCUCACCCAAAGCAGGAAAAGGCAAUGCAAGAACUUCUAGGAGACAACAUGGAGCAGAAGAAGUCUUUGGUUGCUGAUUCUGCAUUGGUUUCUCAGACACCAUCACCAGGAGUAGUCUCGGUUACUUGCAGUCUUUGUGGCGUGUUUACAGUUUCAGUCUUGUGUUCCGCAUGUAAUGACAUAUUCUGUGCAGAGUGUGAUAAGAGAAUGCACUCUCACCCAAAUCGGACUCACCACCAGCGCUCCCCCUACAGCCCAGUAUCUACACACAGGCCUUUGGAGCAGAGUACACUGUCUUCCUUGCCUUCUCGUCCUCCCUGGAAAUGCUACUCAUGUUAUACAUUAAACAGGGGAGAAUCAGUACUGUGUGUUGGAUGUGACCGGCCACGUGGCUGCACCAGUAGUCCAUCUAGCCUUGGUGAUCAAUUACAAAGAGACAGCUGGGAGUGUCAGGCCUGCACUUUUCAAAAUAAUCCUUCUGCGGUUCUGUGUGCUGUUUGUGACCGUCCCAGACUGGCCAGCAAACCAUCACAAGACAGUCACGAGACGGUAAUCUUUCCCGCAAAAGCCCUUCACGAGAUGGCAGCCUUGCCUUCAAGAGACAGCCUUGAGACAACAGAUCUCCCCUUGAGAGACAGCUUUGCAGACAGCUUUGGCCCACUGAUAGACAAUACAGGGAGUCAUGAGGAAGGUUUAAAACCUUUCAAGCAGGAGGGCUGGCAGUGCUCCCACUGCACUUUCUAUAACACAAAUUCAGGACGUGUAUGUGAGAUGUGUAACAAAACGAAUGAGGAGACACAGUCUGUAUUGUACAAGAAGGAGAGCUUGCAGAGACUCUCACUUGAUCAGGAGGAAAUCCGACAGAGAUCACUAAGAGAAGAUGGGGCAAAACUAGUAGCAUUAAUCCGGGAAGGGGAGAGUUCCGGUAUAACCCCAGAAGAGGUUUACAGUGCAGUAAGAUACUCCGGUACAGAGAAGCCUCUGCAGUGGUUACAGACAGAAUUGCCUUAUGUGUUGGAGCGUGUGAUGGAUGCGGCAUCACAAAGGGGUGUCUUGGAGCUUGGGGCUCUAACAUCUGAAGAAGCUCGCAGUGCUUGGGUCUCAAGUGGUGGGGACAUGGAGGAUGCCAUUACUGUGUGUUUAUCGGAGCGAAGAAUCAAGGUGGAGACUUUGUGCAAUCUUGGAUUCAAUGAUAAAGAUAAGGUGGUGUCUGCUCUUUAUGAAAGUUCUGGGGAUGUUGGGAGAGCACUCACUAUAUUACAGAGACCAAUACUGGAGCCGUUUCUAACUCGUAUGUGGGAGGAGACACAACCGCCCUUAAAUUUGGAUUCAGGAGAUAGAUCGGCUAUUUUACGACGGUUACUUGCAGAACAUGCUUUGCAUAGUUGGGGUCGUGCAGAGCUGGCUCUGUCGUUGUUGCAGGAAGCGGAAGGACGUUUUGUCCUGCAGGAUGUUCUGGAAGCUGUCAGAGAGUCUCAUGAUCGUGACUUUAUCAAAAGGAUGUUAAUACAGGAGUGUGCUGUAUGUGGAUGGGAGCUACCACGCAACAAGAUGCGCUCUCUUACCUCUUGUGAGUGCUGUAUCUGCCCUGACUGUUUCCGGACACAUUUCACGGUGGCUCUGAAAGAGAAGCACAUACGGGAUAUGGUGUGUCCAGCAUGUGAGGAGCCUGAGAUUAGUGAUGAAGGUGAACUUCUGCACUACUUCUCUACACUGGAUAUCCUGUUACGUGACACUCUAGACGUGGAUGCAUAUAAUUUGUUCCAUAAGAAGCUAACAGAGAGAACACUCAUGAAGGAUCCAAAGUUCUUGUGGUGCACUCAUUGCUCCUUUGGAUUUAUUUAUGAAAGAGACCAACUGGAUGUGAAAUGUCCCCAGUGUGAGUGCAGCUUCUGCAGAAAUUGCAAACGUCCAUGGGAAGAGCAGCAUCGCUCUCUGAAUUGUGAAGAUUUUCAGAACUGGAAACGGGAGAAUGAUGCAGAAUAUCAAGCACAAGGGCUGGCUGUCUAUCUGCAGGAAAAUGGCAUCACCUGCCCCCAUUGUAAAUUCUCUUACGCUCUUGCCCGAGGGGGCUGUAUGCACUUUAUUUGCUCCCAGUGUCGUCACCAGUUCUGCAGUGGCUGUUACAACACCUUUCAUCCCAAAAAUAAGUGUAUGGUUCCAUCUUGCACAGUGAAAUUGUCUCUUCAUUCUCACCAUCCAAGAGACUGUCUCUUCUACCUUCGAGAUUGGGAGGUAUUCCGUCUGCAGAAACUUCUACAGUUAUCCCAGGUGCCAUUUAACACUGAUCCUCCUGCUGGAACACAGGUUGGUCCUGGAGGUGGAUGCCGUGUAAUGGAGCAGAAAGAGACACUUGAGGGUUUAAUGGAUGAAGCCUGUGGGAAAGUGACUACACAAGGCUAUGCUGGGUUGUGUGAAUCUCAUUAUAAAGAGUACCUUGUGAGCCGUAUAAACGCACUCUCCCUGGAUCCCUGUGUUCUUUAUGAUCUUAAUGAGGCGAUAACUGUAUGUCAGCGCUACCUGCCAUCACCUUUACCCAGGGAUCCCAAUGAGAAUGAUGGAAGCUACAGGGAGCGUCUCCUGAGGAUGCUGAUUGCUGAGGUUCCUUUGACUGUGAAUCUCCCACGGAAGCCCUGAGAGUUGGUUUAGUGUAAUCAAUUGGUACUGGGGAUAGUUCACAAUGUGUUCGAAAAAACAUUAUCUUGUAUCAUAGCUCAAUGAGGAUAUGGAUUAUCGACUUGUAUAGAAACCACGUUAUAAUGAUUGUUAUUUGUGUUGCUAAAAUAUUGGCUGCUUGAGUGACAUACAAAGCGUAGUGUUAAAAACAAAGAAAUAAAAAAUAAAUAAAAAUUAAAA